AUGGCGUCCCAAUUUAUUGGCUACAACGUUCUCGUGACCCUGAAGGCACCGCCCGAUGCAACCGUCCAGGGAGAAGUGGCCGAUGUCAUAGGCCAGCGCUUGAUGCUGCGAAAUGUAAAACUGUCGUGGAAUCACCAAGUGCUCCCUAGCUACUUUAUCGAUGCGACCGACAUCGCGGACCUUUCUCUCGGAUCCGCCGUCAAGGGCCAAUCGCAAAAUCUGCCUGCAGCCAAAGCAGACCGAAGCACAACUCAGGCCGUGCCUGCGACGCAGCAGCAGUUCGUCGACCCUGCUAUCCUGAGCUUCUCCAAACCGCCCACCAAACCAAUCAGUCGCACUCUUGAACCGGAGAAUCGACCGCUUCAGCCCAACCUGCCGAAUGAAUCAACUGUGCAGCAACCCCGUCCACCUCAAGCCGCCCACGCUCAGCCGGCUGCGGUAUUGACGGAACCAUUCAGCAGCUUGGAGCUGAAUGUGGACGGUAAGACCGGCGGUGGAGGCAUAUCACAGGUGGAGGAGCGUCGUGAAUCUGUCUACGGUUCAAGAGACGAACUGACACCCCUGAAAACGCCGAGUCAAUAUGCGGCAAAGCGCAGUCGACGCAACGGACAGAAGAAGACUCGACAGGGAGGAUAUCCGAACGCGGUCAAUGAGCACGAUGGGGCUUCGAAUACGAACCCGAAGACCCGAGGCUGGCGUCAAACUGCCUUCGUUGAACCAUCUGAUCCGCACCUGAUAAACUCUCCCCAACCUCACUCAGAGAAAGACGGACGGCGUCGCAAAAAGAAGAACCGCGGCUCCUACGCCGAAGACCCCAGCGGAUGGGCGACAGAAGAUGCCACUGACAUCCAAGAGUUGGGCGAAUUCGAUUUUCAGAGCAAUCUUUCGAAGUUCGAUAAGCGGAGGGUGUUCGAAGAAAUCAGGAAUGAUGAUACAACUGCAGACGAAGCUCGAUUGGUCAGCUUUAACAGAAAGGUCCCGAAGCCAGGCACUAAUGGUGGCAAGAAUUUGCACUGGACGGAGAACGUUCUGGACAGCCCUCAAGAAAGUGAGAAUGAAGAAAGUGAACACGGGCGUAGUGAUGCAAAACUGAGCAGCGGAAAUUACUCGGGACUUGAGUUGUCAAGGGCAUCGGCACGAGGACAAACUUCUCGAAAGGGCAGUGCUCUGCUGGGCCAGCCGCCCGUUCCGCCACAGAUCAACACUAUCGGACGUGGCCAGCUCAGUUCUUCUCGCACUACAAGUCCUCGCCCAAAUAAAACCCCCGUUUCAGCAUCUCCGAUAGGCGGUCCUGGGGCUUCGGGAGUUUCCUUGCGUCUUACUACCACCAACAGAAGUUGCCCGACUGUGAGCCCUCUACAGACUCUUGAAGUCGAGCAAAUUGCUGUAACGGAACUCGGUUUAACCGAAGAUAUGAUCACGGAAAAUGCUGGAAGAGGCAUCGCAGAAGCUGCUGUUGGUCUCCUUACAAAUGACGCAGCUGCACCUACGAUAUUGGUCCUCAUAGGCAAUCAUCGCACUGGGGCAAGGGCCAUUUCUGCCGCUCGCCAUCUCCGCAACAGAGGUCACCGUGUAACUGUCUGCAUGCUCGGCAUUGAGCAUGAAAACGAGCUGUUGGAGAGCUGUCGUAAACAACUCGACGUGUUCAAGAAGAUCGGUGGGCGAGUGCUGAGAUGGGAGGACUUGUCGACUCGACUAUCAACCUCGGAUUUCAGCCCGGACUUGGUAGUAGAUGCUUUGUUUGGCAUUCACAUAGCCUUUGACGACCUCCGUACCGAUGAUCAGGCUACUGCUUUCGAAAUGAUUUCCUGGACCAACCGAAGCAACCUCGAUGUUCUGUCUGUCGAUGUGCCUUCCGGGCUAUCGGCUUCUAGUGGUGAGGUAACUGUCGUGGAAGGGGGUCGACUGUGCGUCAAUUCCAAAUCUGUUGUCUGCCUUGGAGCACCCAAAACCGGCGUGGUGCAAGCUUUGGUCUUGGGAGAAGGGCUCUCCUGGAACCUUGCAGUGGCAGAUAUCGGUGUUCCGCAGAUUGUUUGGAGAAAAUACGGUACUCGCCGGCGACAUGGAAUUGACUUUGGGAACCGCUGGGUGGUCCCUCUGCGUAUCCAAGCGUCCACUGCUUGA